AUGGUGUUUUCUUCAGCACUUGUCCUCGGCUUGGCCGUGAUUAGCGGCGUGGUAGCUAAGGAUGCUACGGUCAUCAUACCCGCCACUCUUUCGAAGAGAGCACUGGGCCCUGAUGUAUAUGGGUACUCGAUUGAGCCAAUCUGGCUCGACAGCUACAUCAACAAUACCUUGGCCUCUACUCUGCUUGGUCACAUCAAAGACGUGACGGGCAAGGCACCCCCGAUUCGUGUUGGUGGCAAUACGGCCGAUCAGACCUAUAUUCACGAUACGUUGCCGACGGGCAAUGCCUCACUUCCGUUGCCGGCACUGCCAAGCGUCACUCAAUUCAACAUUACCCCAGAAUGGUACACGACCUGGAGCGAUUACUUCCCUGAAGGAACCGACUUGAUUUACACCCUCAACUUUGCCAACAACGCCUCUGCUUGGGCAGACGCAGUGACGGAAGCGCAAGCCGUACACGAGGCACUGGGAGACAAGCUGUUCAUGUUUGAGGCCGGCAAUGAGAUUGAUCACUUUAUCCACAAGGGCUGGAGAAACGCCAGCUGGGGCGUUCAAAUGUACCUUGAGCAGUUCCGCAACCUGACUGGCCAGAUCACCGACUCGGACUGGUACAAGUCGGCCUCGAAACAGCCCAAAUUCCAAGCUGGUGUCUUUGCAGACCCGCCCUUGGUGCCGGAUCAGCAGGAUGAGAUUGACGAUUUCAGCAUUGCCAACCUCACGGCGGCAGAGGAUGAGGCGGACGCCGACAUCAUUGGAAGCUACGCCACGCACCUCUAUCCACAGUCAACCUGCGACACUACCCGCUGGCUUCGGAUGCGUCUUGACUUGCUUUCGAACCACACAACCCUAUGGCUAAAUGUCUCGCAAUAUAUUCCCCAGGUGGCUGCGGCCGAUGCCGCGGGUGCUCCUUUGGUCAUGGGCGAGACAAACUCCAUUAGUUGUUCUGGAAAGAGUGGUAUCAGCGACACAUUUGGUGCAGCGCUCUGGGGUGUCGAUUACGUCUUGAUGGCUGCUUCUCUCGGGUUCCAGAAGAUAUAUUUCCACCUCGGCGCCCAGAGCGAGUACAGUAGCUUCACCCCAGUCCCAUAUACUCUUAAGGGUGAGGACCUGGUCCCUGGCAUCCGGGCCGGUUGGUACGGGCACUACUUCAUAUCCAAGAUUGUGGCAUCGGCGAGCAACGAAUCAUUCAGCGUCUCUGCGAUUCCGGACGCGAACUCGAGCUCUCUGAGCGGCUACACCAUCUACAAUGGCAAUGACUCUCUGCAGAAGCUCGUCUUCCUCGACAUGGGCGUGUGGAAUGGUACCGAAGGACUCAGCAAUCCGUCAACCUUGAGCGCGACCGACGGCACCAGCUUCAGCGAGGGAGAGCGACCCAACAGCACGCUGACCAUCAACACGCCGUGGGCUGCUGGCAGCAACGUCAGUGUGACCCGGCUCGCGGGUCCCGGCACCAAUGCAAAGAGCAACGUGACAGUCUCGGGCGUGACCUUUGACCCGGACACUGGAGCAAAGGUCGGUACCGAAGCCACGGAAAUCAUCACCGUCGAGGAUGAUGGUGUCGUCAAGAUUAUACUUCCCGAGGCGCAUGGAGUGCUGCUUGAGCUCAGCAGUGCUAGCCCCAGUAAUGGCUCUUCUUCAGGCUCAGAGUCUGGGUCAGGGUCUGAUGGAAACACCUCUGGCGCUAUUACUCUUUCAUCAUUGGUUGCAUGCCAAGUCGGGCUUUUCGCCAUGGUUGUUGCAAUGGUUUUGUAG